AUGAGAUCUAAAUUGUUCAAGUAAAUUAUUUAUAUUUUUAGUGCAAUAUAUUAAGUUUUAUAAUUUGAUAACUAAUCUAUAUAUGUUAGCAUGGCUCUAUCUUUUAUAUAAAUGUUUUAGUUAAUUUAUUUAGCUUUUGCAUUAAAAACCUCAUAUCUAUGGAAUAACUCUUAGUUAACAGAAAUAAUUACUUAAUUUUUAAGGUAAAAUAAUAAAGUGAUCACAUAGCUACUUUACAAUUUUGCUGCAUAUUGUUAAUACUGAUUUCUCAAUAUUUUUAGCCUUUCUGUAUUUCUUCUUUUCCAUUGUCCUCUUAACUAUUAUGUUACUAUUUUUGGUUGGAAUAUUAGACAAAGAUGCCCCAAUAAUUUUAAUUAAAAUGCUUGGCUAUAUGUUGAAAUUUUUAUUGACAAUAGGUUAUUUUCCACUUAUGCAAAUAUUUUUUGGAGUAAGUCUUCUUGUUGAAUAUAUUAGUAUUUGGCUUGUCAUGAAAAAGAUGGAAUUUAAGUAAUGGUUUAUUUAGAUUCUUAAGUUUGUUGGACUUUUGAAUAUAGUAUUCAUGCUAUUUUUGCUAUAUUGAGUUUAAUUUUAAGUUAGGGCUUAAUUAGCAUAGUUUCAUUAAUCUGUUAUUAAUCAAAGAAAACUUAAAUGAAUACUUUUUCAUAAAGGACUGGUAGGCCUUAUUCUUUUUAUCAUUAUUGCAUACUGAUUAAUAUAAUGACAUAUUAACUUUUGGAGACUCCUUAGUACGUUUCAGUGAUUUUAAUUGUCUUUUUAAUUAAUAGUUAUUUGCUUUUCUAUUUAGUUAAGUCUACUUAGCCAUUUCAUAAUAAAAAUAUUUAAACAUUAUGGGUUAUAAUAACUGCUUUAAAUUUUUGGACUUCAUUGAUGCUUACCUUUGCUGCUAUUUUGGAAGGUUACUACUUUAGAAAAUCUUUAUAUGCAUGGUUAAUUGGUAUUCCAUUUCUGACAAUUAUCAUAAUAAGGGAACCAUCUGAAUAAGUAGAUUUAUUUGCAGCUAAUAUACAUCCUCAUCAAAGUGGAGAUCACAUAAUUUAGUUAUGUGAAUAAUUAUUAAACAUGAUUUAGAAUGCACAUAAUGAUCAUUAUAUUCAAUUAGAAUUAGAUGCUUAUAUUGAAGUACAUAAACAUGCAUGUCCAAAACAAGAUUGUGUUCUUAAAGCUAGAAAAUAAACAGAGAAAAAGAAAUCAACAAGAUAAGGUAAUCAAAUUUUAUUGGAUGUAAUCAAUCAAAUAUUUUUUUAUGGUAUUAAGUCUUUUCCAACAGAUAUUCAUUUAAGACUUCAUUAUGCUUAUUUUUUAAUGGAUUAUUUGAAGUUAAAAUAAUUAGCAUUAACAGAAUUAUAAUAGGCUGAAUAAAGUAAUGUUAGUUUUGAUUUUUCUUUUAUUAUCUUUAGAUUUAAGAAGAUUAUUGAAGAAGAAUUACAAUAAUAAUAGUAAGAAAGUUCUAUUCAUUUGGAUGUUUCAAAUGAAAUGACAUUUUUAGCUUAAAGUAAAUAAUUAAUGAAUAUGGUUGAAAGAACUGCAUUAUUAUUUAUUGACUUUUGGUCUUAAUUAUAAGAAGAAAUGCCUGAUACAGGGAAAUUACUUUAUUUAGGUACUAAGAUAUAAUAGUUUUCUUAAAUAGUUGAAGAUUAAUGGAAGAGAAUUAAGAAAUUAAAUUAAAAACAUAAAAAGUUAUAUUUAUUAAUGGGUAAAUAUUAUAAAUAUGUUUGGAAUGAUGAAAUAAAAAGUUAAUAAAUGUUUGAAAUAGAAAAAAAUAAUAAAAAUUCUGAAUUUAAAGGACUUUAUAUUAUGGAUGAGAUGGGAAAUUCAUCUCAAGCUAUUUUAGUUUGUCAAACAGAAGGGGAACAAUUAGGAAUUAUAUAAUCAAUAAAUAAGGCAGCAUGUUCUUUAUUAGGUUAUACUAGAACAGAUCUUGUUGGUAGACAUUUAAAUAUAUUAUAACCAGAAAUGUAAAUUAUUAUAUAAAAUAAUUUAGUUAUUCAAAAUGGCAUACAACCAUAAUGACAAGAUUUCUUGAGAAUAGUGAUCUCAACUAAAUAUAAGAAACAAAAGAGUAAGGAUGCAAAGUAAUUUUUGUAAAAAAUAAAGCUCAUUAUAUUAUUUAAUGUUUACUUUAAGUUAAAAUUAUUUAAACUUAAAAUCAAGAAAUCUAUUUAAUGGCUUAAUUAAUUUAAGAUGUUUAAUUUAAACCAUAUUGUUAUAUUUUAUGUUAAUCAAAUGGAUAAAUUGAAAAUAUUAAUUCUAUGUGUAUAAAAGUAUUAGGAAUAGAUAAUAAAAUAAUAGAAAUGAAGAGACUGAAUAUUAAUGAUCUUUUUCCAAAUUUCAUGGAUAUCAAAGAAGAUUAUUAAACAAGAUAGGGUGAUAAAUUAGUAUACACACCCUCUUAAAAAUUAUCUAAAGAUUUGGAUUUUAUAAAAUACAGUUCUGAAAACAUAUAACUAGAUCUUCAUGAAUAAACUGUUUUUAAUUGUUAAGUUACUGAAAUCUAAUUUAAUUCUUUGGCUUCUGAAAAUAUUGAAAAUAGAAUAUUUGGAUAUAUAAUAAGACUGGAUUUGAUAAAACCAUAAAUAAAUGGAUUAUAAGUUGUGAAGAAAUAAUUGCAAUAAUAAUAAUGGUUUAAAUUUAUACCUUAAAAUAUAUAUUAAUUAGAGAAAGUAAACAUUACUGAUACUUUUGAUAAUUCUAUAAAGUUUGACUCUAGUAUUAUUUGGGAAAGUGCAUAAAAGUAAUCUGAAGACACUGUAACUUAAGAAUUAAUUAAAUAAUAAGAUGAAAGUAAGGGAUUAGCAUAAGGAAUAAGAACUGUUCGUUUAUUAAGAGAUAAAUUAGUAGAUAUAGAUGAUUAAUAAUAAGAGGAAGAAGAUGAAGAGUCUUAAAAUAAUUAAAUUAUAUAAGCCUAUUAAGAUGAUUUAGAGGAAGAACAAAGUAUUUUAUAAUUGAAUUAAAAUUAUUCUUCUAAAUAAUUAAUUGAAACUGAAAUUAAAUAAUCAUUAUUACCAUCAAUAAAUAAAAAAAUGCAAAUAUUAAUAAAUACAUUACUAUUAAUAAUAAUAAUUUGUAUAUUUACUGAAUAUUUUUUGGGUACAAAAUUAAAUGAAGAUCUGUAAACAAAUAUUCCAUAUUUGAGAUAAAAUAAUGAAAGAUUAGCAUUAUUUUUAUUAAUACAAUCAGUCAUAUAAGACUUAAAAUUUUUAAAUUAUGGUUUCUCUCCAUUAUAAUAACAACUUACUAAUAAUACAUUUAUUCAAAUUUAAAGAAAUAAUUUUAAAUCGAAUUUAGCAUAAAUUGAAUAGUUAGAAUUAAAUUUAUCAUUAGCAGAAGUUACUCUUAUUUAGGAAUAUUAAUUUUAUGAAACCUAAUUCAAAAGUUUAAAUGUAUAAAUGAAAAACUAUUAUGGUGAUAUAUAAAAUUAUACUCUAUCAGAAACUAUCUAAUAAUUGAUUUCUGUAGCAAUAAAAUUGAAUAAUUCAGAUUUAAGUGAAUUUAAUGAUAAGAAUCCAUUAAUAUUUUAUUUUGAAUUUAAUUCAUAUAAUUCUUUAGCCCUUGCUUAACAUAUAUCUUAAGAUUAUUAUUAUUACAAUAUACUUUCAAGAUCAUUAGUAUUAGAUAAGAGUGUUAAUAUUUUCCUAAUCAUCAUUUCCUUUAUGACAUUCAUUUUGUAAUUAUUUUUACAUAUAUAUUUUUUAGAUUUCUGGCAUAAUUAUGCUACUUUUAUUAAGUUUAUCAUAAUAAAUUAGAAAUAAUAUAAUUAUUUUUAGAUAUUAAAGAAAAUCAAAUUAAAUAAAUAUAUAAUAAUUGUGAAUUAUUUUUGACAGAUCUACAAAUUGGAGAUGAUGAUGUACAAUUUAUUUAAUUAAUUAGCUAAUAUCUGAAGCAGAGGAAAAACCAGUUGAAAAAGGUGAUGAAGCUGCAGUAUUAAAUUUUAGACCAAAAAGAAGAAAACAUAAAGACUCUAGUAAAGAAUUUUAAAAUUAAUUGUUCAUUUCAUUCUUUUUGAAUUUGCUAAUUUUCUUUUACUUUUUAUUUUUAGAAUUUUAAGUAGAAAUUGUAGUUAGUUAAGUUCAACGAAUAUUACCUGUUUUAAAUCUUACUAGUUCAGCAGAGAGUUUUAAUAGAUUUGCUGAUAAUGCUUUAAGAUAAUUUAUUUAUGAUCCCAAUUAUUUGAUCUAUAAUAAUGAUGGAAUUGAUGAAGUACAAAAGAUAACAGUAUCAUUAUAUGAUAUUGAUUCUCAAAUACAUCAGUUACAUACAGAAAUGUGGGAUCUUUUUGAAGAUAAAUAUAAAACUGCAUUCUUUAACAUAUUUAUUAAUAAUCCUUGCUCUAUUAUAGCAUCUGUUGAAACUACUGUUACUGAAACUGUUUGUAACUCAUUUUAUGGUGGGAUAAUGCAAAAUGGUCUCUCAAUAGGAAUUACUAAGUUUGUUGAAGAUUUGAGAUAAACUAUCAAAAAUUUUGAAAGUCGCAAUAGUAGCGAAAAACAAAAAUAUUAUAUGUCUGAAGAUCCAGAGUUGAACACUAGAAUGAAUUUGUUAAACACUCCUUCAGUGACUUCAAUGAGAAGAAUAUAAAAAAUAUUUAUAAGAGCAUGUUAUCGAUAUUUAAUUGAAAUUAUGGAGCAGACUAUUUUAGAACAUUUUGAUUAGACCGAUAUAUUAAGAUUGGCAGUAUUCUUAUGUAUAAAUAUUCUUUUGUUAAUUGGUGUAACUUUUGUAUGGAUACCUGUUUAAUUAAAGAAUAAUUAAGAUAUUUUAAAUACUCGUCUAUUGAUUCUAAUGAUACCAUUAGAUUUAAUUUUAAGGUAAUUUUAAUAUAUAAUAAUAGAAUAAAAUCCAUUAAAAAUUACCUAAGAAAUAAAAUCUAUCAUUGA